GAGGAUGCCUGUCAUAGAUGUGGGUGAAAUGUCAGGAGAGAAGGCUUCUGAAACGUGGACAUACAGCCCGGAAAACUCACAGCAACCCAAUUUAAAUCAGAUUAAAGCCAGGCACACAUAUGGCUUUGAUAUUUUCAUUGGGCACAAGAAUUGCACCAAUAUUGAUGCCCAUUGAGCCUUUUAGGAGGGGCUAUUCCACAUCUGGGAUGCCACAACCAAGGGUUCUCAGCCUGUGGGUCCCCCGAUGUUUUGGCCUUCAACUUCCAAAAAUCCUAACAGCUGGUAAAUUGGCUGGGAUUUCUGGGAGUUGUAGGCCAAAACACCUGGGGGCCAGAGGUUGAGAACCACUGCUCUGCACUGUAAAAUUAAUGCAGUUGAACUGCCAAGGCUCAAUGCUAUGGAGUCAUGGGAGUUGUAGUUUUGCAAGGUGUGCAGUCUCCUCCGCCAAAGAGUGCUGAUUUAUUUAUCAUGUCAGAAGCGAACCGAGGGUACAAUUUGUAAUGUAUUUGAAACCGCAAACAAAGUUUAAAAAAAAAACACAAAGUUUAGUAUCAUUUGGUAUGAUACUAAAUGUCCUUUGACCUGUAGCUGACCACUUGCAGUGCCUCUAGUGUUGCUGUAAGAAGGUCUUCCAUUGAUCUGGAGAACAAGCCUUACGAGGAGCGGCUGAAAGAGCUGGGCAUGUUUGUCCUGCAGAAGAGAAGGCUGUGAGGAGACAUGAGGGCCGUGUAUAAAUAUGUGAGGGGAAGUCAUAGGGAGGAGGGAGAAAGCUUGUUUUCUGCAGCUCUGGAGACUAGGAGGUGGAACAACAGCUUCAAAGUACAGGAAAGGAGAUUCCACCUGAACAUUAGGAAGAACUUCCUCACUGUGAGAGCUGUUUGGCAGUGGAACUCUCUGCCCCAGACUGUGGUGGGGGCUCCUUCUUUGGAGGCUUUUAAGCAGAGGCUGGAUGGCCAUCUGUCGGGGCUGCUUUGAGUGUGAUUUUCCUGCUUCUUGGCGGCGGCGGCGGGGGGGGGGGGGGUUGGACUGGAUGGCCCAUGAGGUCUCUUUCAACUAUAGGAUUCUAUGAUUGUGCAUAGACUGCACUGUAAUAGGUGGUCUGUGGUUUGCUGAUGCCUCACAAAAACUACAACUCCCUGGAUUCCAUAGCUUUAAACCAUGGGAGUUUCCAGUGUUAUCUUACUGCAUUUAUGCAGCCCAAGUUUCGGUUUCGUAUUCAGGAAAUGUUCUGCUUAUUCAAUUGCAAUUACAAGCUUCAGGGAAGGCCAAGAAAGGGUUAAGCCGAGUUCCACCUAAUUGUUCUUCUUCCUGGUCAUCGCGUAAAGUUUUAAGCCUUUUCCUCUUGGGCGAACAGGGGAACAGGAGCAUUUCUCUUUCCUUGCUGCUGUUCUUCCCUUUAACCCUAAGUCACCCAGUGGAGGAGCGGGCGGAGGGGAGGAGAGAGAGAGACAUUUUGGCCUUCUCGGUCUUCAUUCAUGAUUUUGACAGCUGGAGGAGAGAGAGAAAAGAGAGAGAGAGAAGAAAAAAAAAACCCGGCUCUGGAGAGUGCGAUCCUGCCAACAAGCCUGCCCUGGCUUCUGAUUGGCGGAGUGUCAGGGAGCGAUUUGAAUAUUCAAUGAGCCCCUUUGGAAGCCAGGUUCGGUGGGUGACAUUCGUGAAAUGCGCUGGAGGGGGAGGAGGAGGGGCGGCGGGGAAGCGCUCGCGUCCGAUUGGCGGGUUGGCAGGGAGCGAUUUGAAUAUUCAAUCAGCCCCUUUUAAGGCAAAGAUUCAGUGGGUGACAUUUGUGAAAGGAAAGAGGGCGCUGGAGAGGAGGAGAAGGAUGGGCUUCGCUUCCUGGAUGCAGCCUCCUCCUCCUCCGUCGUCCGCGCAGUUGACGUGCAAACUUUUAAGCAGCGGAAAGAAUGUCGGCGCGGGCCGCGGGUGACGUCAGGGGGGAGCAACGCAGAGCGGCGGCGAACAGGCAGCAGCAGCAGCAGCAAUCCCAGCGGCGGGCCCGGCCUGGAGGAGGAGGAGGAAGCGGAGGAGGAGGAGGAGGGGAGAGCGGCCUCGGCCCCGCUGCCUCUGCCGCCGCCACCACGACGCUGCCGGCCAAUACGGGGACCCCGGCGGGCCCCAGCAGCAGCAGCGCCGCCAUGGCCACCAGCGGCGGGGAGCGCCGGUCCCUGCCCAGCCCCGAGGCCAUGCUGGGGCAGCCCUGGAGUCACUGGGUCGACGCCGCCAAACUUCACGGGAACAACGACGGAGCAGCCUUAGAAGAAAGCUUCAAGGAAUAUGGAAAAAACCGAGAAGCAAUGCGACUCUGUAGAGAAGAUAUGCCAAUAUUUGGUCUUUGUCCAGCGCAUGAUGAUUUCUAUUUGGUGAUGUGUAACCACUGUAAUCAGGUUGUGAAACCACAGGCAUUUCAAUCACAUUAUGAAAGAAGACACAGCUCCUCCAGCAAGCCGCCUUUAACCCCCACUUCCUCUUCAGUAUUCUCAGGCUUCUCAUCUCUGUCUUCAAAGAGCAAAGGUAGCAGCGGAGGGGGGAGCAGUCGCUCAUCUAGUGGUGGAGGUACUAGUGCAUCAUCGUCAUCCAGUUCCAAGUUGUUGAAAUCACCCAAAGACAAGCUGCCAAUCAGUGGAAAUAAUAGGCCAAUACACCUGGUACAUAGCAAAGGUCCCCAUGACAAAAUCAUGACUCCAUCUGUCAAAGUGGAAAAAAUACAUCCAAAGAUAGAUGGUGCAUUAUUGAAACCUGCUGUUGGUCCAACCUGUUCUACUACUGUGAGCUCCUCAAUAAAGACUGGCCUUAAUCCCUCAAUACCAAAGCCACCCUUGCCUUCCCCUGGACAGAUACUGAAUGGUAAAGGUCUUCUCUCUGUGCCUCCAUACUUGGAAAAGAAACAAGACGAGGGUACAAACAAUAGGAAAUUUUUACACAAACGAUUAUCAGAGAGAGAAUUUGAUCCUGAUAUCUAUUGUGGUGUCAUUGACUUGGAAACCAAGAAACCCUGUACUAGGUCUUUGACAUGCAAGACACAUUCCCUAACUCAACGGAGAGCUGUGCAGGGUCGGAGGAAGCGAUUUGAUGUAUUACUUGCUGAGCACAAAAGCAAAACCAGGGAAAAAGAAUUACUGCGCCAUUUGGAUCAUCAGCAGCAGCAGAUGCCCCCUCUCAGGGAACCACAUCCCUCACCUUCAAGAACUUCCCAGGAGCUGCACCAAAAUUCUCAUGGAGUUAUUCCUACAGAAUCAAAGCCUUUAGUACCUAAUAAACCCAAACCUCACACCCCCAGUCUUCCAAGGCCUCCAGGCUGUCCAGCCCAGCACAGUGGGAAUGCCCCUAGUGAAUCUUCGUCAGUACAUGAAUCUCCACAGGCUCCCCUGCCUGCCACUGAACCAGCAUCUCGGUUAUCCAGUGAUGAGGGAGAAUGUGAUGAAAAAGAAGAGCUUGUUGAAAAACUGGAUUGUCUUUAUUCAGAUCAUCAUCCUCAACCAGCUGCUUUUUGCACAUUUGGUAGUCGACAAAUUGGAAGAGGUUACUACGUGUUUGACAGACGAUGGAACCAUAUCCGAUGUGCACUUAAUGCCAUGGUGGACAAGCAUCUUAACUCGCAGAUGUGGAAGAAAAUUCCUCCAGCGACAAGCAACACUGCAUCCGUACGUGCUCCACACCGGACAAGCUCAACGCCUGUGUCCCAAUACGGUGCCAGCACAACAGGCUUCCUCCUACCCACCACAGCUAUGUCUCCGCCAGUGCUUGUGUCUCCUUCCUGUUUAUCUCUUAGUGGUAAAUCAGUACCUUCCCAUGGGACUACGCUCAAUGCCAACCCUGCUAGUUUUGGUGCAGCAGAACCUGCCUGCAGUAUGCAAUCAAGACAAGUGUCUACGUCCCCGUCAACACCUCCAGUGCUUUCCUCAGUACCUUCACCUCUGUCCAGCAAACCUCAGAAAUUGAAAUCCAGCAAAUCUUUUAAGCCUAAGGAACCUUCCGCUAGCAGCGCCAACUGUAACAGUACCAGUAGCAACAGCAGUAGCGGCAGCUCAGGAAAGAAACGUAAAAACAGUUCUGCGCUGCCAGCACCUUCUUCUCAUUCCACAGAAUCCUUUAGGAAAAACUGUGUGGUUAACUCUGGAAACUCGGGGGCUUCUUAUCACUCACCUGUGAUGUCUUCAUCCCACAGUGUUGGCCUCAAUUGUAUGACUAGUAAAGCUAACUCGGUUAGCCUCAAACAUGACCAAUCAGGGAGGGGCCCUCCAACUGGGAGCCCUGCAGAAUCGAUAAAACGAAUGAGCGUGAUGGUGAACAGCGGUGACUCCACCCUCUCGUUGGGGCCAUUCAUCCACCAGUCCAGUGAACUGAGUGUAAACUCGCACAGCGGGUUUUCACAUUCACAUCCUUCCCUAGAUAAAUUAAUAGGAAAGAAAAGAAAGUGCUCGCCUGGUUCAAGCAGCAUAAACAGCAGCAGCAAAGCAAACAAGGUUGCCAAAUUGCCACCGGUGAACAACAUUCACACAAAACACACUGGUGCAAUCCCAGGGACACAAGGACUGGUGAACAAUUCUGUCCUUCAUCAGCCAAAGGCUCGUCCCUAACAGUUGACAGUACCGUGAUAAAACUGGAUUAUUUUCACUACAAGCGGAAAAAAAACUCCAUCUGGAAAUUCUGGACUCCAAGAUGCCUUUUUGAGUUCUCCCAAUUUCCCGCGGUCCUCAGGUGUGGAAAUCUACUGGACUGUCACCCAAUCAAGGAGUUUUCCUGAAGCCAUGUCUGUAGCAGCGAAGCUUGGAAAUGGACACUGGAUUGCUGUUCAGCCACAGGAUUGUUCCUAUCAGUGUUACCUGUGGUCUGGACCUCUUGCUACAAAUCCCUGUCAGAUUUUACUUACAGGAAUACAUCAACUUGCCACUAUUUGAUCUAGAUUGGUUGGGCAAAGCAAAGUUUGGGAAAGAACAUUACUGUGGACUUGUUUUUUUCUUUUCUUCUGAUGGUGUCAUAGGCAUAACUGAUUGCCAGGUUGACACCAGUGAAAAACCCUCAAGAAGGGGGGCACAAUGUGUUAGGCACAAUAAAAAGAAGAAGAAGAAAAAGAAGAAGAAGAAAAAGAAGAAGCCCUCAAGAAGGGAAUAUGGCUUUAGUGUUUUAUAGCAAUGUUCCUUGAUUGGAAUACAAAAAUAGCACAAUUUAAAAACAAAGUCUACAUUUGCCCAGCAUUUUGGGAUAAAAACAAUUUGGGAUAAGAAGCUGUCAGGAAUUCUAAAAAACAAGCACAUGCUUUCCUUUUAGUGCAUGAUGUCUCCAUCACUCAAAAAGGAAAAGUAUGUAUCAAUAAUGAAAUCACAUGGUACAGAAUAAUUUUAUAGGCAGCACCCACCAAGUGCAGCUGCUUAACAGCCUUUGUUUAUUCCAGUGGGGAGCCCCUUUACAAGGCUUAUGGAAAUGAAUGGAGGCUGCAUAGUGGCACUGUUUGGAUGAGGGCUGCGCCUGCUUGAUUUUAAACAAAAUUGCUUUGAUUUUAAAACAUACAUUAACCACUUUCAGAUCCAGAAUGGCAAAUGACCUCUAAAACUAUUCCCAAAGAAAACAUUUCUUGACCUAUACUGUAUGCCAUAAGCCUUUGUUGUUUGGAGCAGGUGGGUGGGGAAACAAGAAAAUGCCAAUGGAAGUUGGUUGUACCAUCCAACCCUUGGAGCAGGGGUGGAAUACAAAACUGAAACACAAACUCACUAAACUGAAACAGUUUAAGACACUGAAUUCUCAGUGCUUCUUUGUUUUUUUCUUCCUGUAGAAAUACUUCCCAGUAAGUUGAUCUCAUCAUCCCAUUUUAUAAAGUCUGUGUUCAGAUUAUUCUGAUGACUGCAUAAGUGCCAGUUCAAACUCUGAGCUCAGUGUUCAACUGCAUCCUUGUGUCGCCAUCCUGUACACAACAGGGGAAUGUUUUAGACAUGUUAUCUGAUCCCAGAUGCUUAUUUAACCCCACAAGGUUUUUUUUAGGGGAGGGAUCAAAACUUAGAAGGGCUUUAAUAUUCUCUUUUGAUCUGGUUCUUUCCAGCAGUAAGUGGAUCUUGAAAUACAAUCUGGAAUGUCAAACCAUUUAUGUGAAAGGAAAGGAAAUAUCUGUCCAAAACCAUAGGGUAUAAUCCAUGAGGGGCUUUCCUACUGCAAAUAUGUAUGUACAAAAAAAACCCCACGUUUCCUGUUGAUUUAAUGGAGUGUGUGUUGGAUUGUGAAUUCAGACAGCCAUUUCUUCCCCAGUGAAAGCUCUUUCUUGCAAGUGGCAACUUAGACUGGGCAUUACCAACUAGCUUUGGGCUCUGUUCAGUAUGCUAGACUUCCACGCCUUCUCCGAGUGGCAGCUACAGAGCCCACUGCACCUUGAGAUACUUGUCAGAUCACCUUCCGUAUUUCUUUGAUUCUAAGAUGCACACUAAUGUCAGUAUCAUCAACAACGACAAAAAGCUUUGAUUCUAAAAUAAUUCUUAGAAUAUCUUUUAGAAUUCCUUCAGUAUACACAAUGACUUUUCAUUUCAGUGUAGCUUUGUAGUACAAUUGUAUUGACAACAUUUGAUGUGCAAGUAAGGGAUCAAAAUGAACAAAACAUAGUAACUCAACUGUUUGCGUAGGUGGUUUCAAAGAUACAACCCAAGCUUCCUAAUUGUGGCUGAGUAAGCUCCACUAGAAUGAAAUAAUGGUGGCUCCACACUUGCAGAGCAUGCCACUUUAUUCCAGUAGAAUAGCAAGAGCAGGAUGGAGCAAUAAUGAUGAAAUUUGGAGGUGCAAUUUCCAUGUAAAAACACAUUUUGUGGUUUCAUCUUCAAAGUGUGGAAAAAUUCUGGAAAAAACUGAAUCUAAGAUGCACCUGCAAUUCUAAAGUGACCACAACUUUAGAAAUGUUUAUAUGGCAGGGGUGGGGGGGGGAGUGUGUCUUAGAACUGAAGAAAUACAGCAGUCCUGGUUGCUUUCCAUACUUCUUUGAACUGUGUGGCCCAAAAGUGGAGACCCUGAGGAAGAAAAGGUGUUGUCUGAAUCGACCCAACUGGGCUUGUGCAGGAGUAGCUCCCAAUGGAACGUGCCUGAAGACUUCUGCCUUAAAGGGCCACCAGAUCUUGCUGAGAUUAGACAAUCUGAGCCUGUCUCGUUCCCGCAGCCCAGUCUCUCUCCCUCCUACGGUGGCAAAUUGCACAUCAGGGAUUGUAAAGCCACCAGAAGCAGCAUCAAGAGCUGCUUGGGAUUUUUCUUUGCUGUUUUUUUUUUUUCACUAUUGAGGUUUUUCCAAAUCGACGCAAAAUUUGCUACUGAAUUGCUAGAACACAGUGAAGCAACAAGACUCUAUGCAGACAACUCUAAAGCCUUGAAAUCACAAAAGAUCAUGUGUUAUUGUUUUUCUAAGAAAAGGAAAUGAAAAUACUUUUGAAUGGUGAUGAUUAUGCAAAUAUUUAAAAUGACUGCAUGCUGGGCGGUGGGGGAGUUUUAAACAACCCCUCAGUUUAUCAAGGAUCCUGUAAAUUUAAAAAAACCAAUUGUGAAUUGGCUUAUUUUGGGAGGGGGAGGGUACAACCAAAGUAACGCAUCUGCUCUGCAGAAAGAGAGAGAGAGAGAAAUCAAUGCAGGCUCCAUCCCAUGUGUUGGAUAUUUUCAAUCACAAGUGCAAUUUGGUUUUGAUAGAUUUACCUUUGAAGGCCAACAGAUUUUUUCAUAAGUUGAAACUUUAGUGGCUUUAAGUACUAAAAAAAACACGUUUGUUUUAUAAAUAUAUUGCUCUGAAAAGAUCACAGCAAGUCCCAGGCUUCUUGGGGGGAAAACAUGCAGUAUGAAAAGUCUUGUUAUUAACCACUGUGUUUAAUUGAAAAGGGUUGAAGCCUUGGACCCAAUUCCCACUGUGAAUGUCUGUAUUACAAGCCAUGUUGACCAAGAUGGGAGCUACAUACAAACACAGCCAUGCUCUUGCACAAAUCUGUGGAGGAAGCAGGUAUGUAAGAGGCAUUCCAGGGUGGAAUUGUGUCCUAUACCUGUCUGCAAUGGCUUAUAAUUUUAAAAAUUGCCAUGAAGAGAGUUAGAGGACAUCUUAACUUUAUGCCUGCCCUCACAGUGUAGACUUGCUUAACUAUGAUACAAACAAUAUUCCAUUUGGGGAGCUUAAGUAAUGAAUGGAAUCAUUGUUUUUGAAGCUUUUAAUGUCUGACCACAUUCUUACUGUAUAUAUAAUUAAGGAAAUUUCAAAAUUUUAAUUUAUCUUGCGAGAUUUGCAGUGGCUGGGUUGUUUCUUAGAGAGAUUUUGGUAUUAAUUUAAGAUACAGUUUUUAUAGUCUUUCCAGCUUCUCAUGAUGACUCCUGCAGUUUUCUUAACCUAAAAGGAAAAAAAAUUGUUGCAAUGAUGAACAAAGAAUUAUAUGAAAUAAUGAAACCCAUACUUUUGUAUCUUUAUUUUGGAAUUUCUUGUUCUAUUAUAAAUAUUGAAGUAUCCCUAUUUCAGAAGACAUAUUUUGUUAAUUGAUUGUACAUAUUUAAAUAUGUAUUUUUGCACAGGUCUUUUUUUCUUAUAUCCAGUUUUUGGUACAAUUGAAAAAAAAUCAUCUAGUAUUUAUUAAUUAAAAAGAAAAAAAAAGCAAAUACCCUUUUUAUCAUUUGAAGUGGUUCACUGCCAAGCCAAUAGCUUAACAUGCCUAUUUGCAGUUUUUAAGGGAUGCCUCUGCUUUGGGAAGUGGGGAAAACCGUGUCCCUUAUUUUAAUGUCUUGGGAGUUGCUGGAUACAAAGGAAGGUUCUGACGCCGCAGUCCAGGGCCCACAGGCGUCACUUUCCUUCUAAGCCAGGCAUGGGCAAACACCAGCCCUCCAGGUGUUUUGGACUUCAAAUCCCACAAUUCCUAACAGCCGAUAUCGGCUGUUAGGAAUUGUGGGAUUUGAAGUCCAAAACACCUGGAGGGCUGGAGUUUUCCCAUGGCUGUUCUAAGUGGUGAGGCUGUGUGGCAUCUGGUUGCAAAUUGUUGGCCUGCUCUGGUAUACACAACAUUGCUUACAGUUGCCUGAGUCCCAGAAGACAACAUUUGAGUUGUGACACACUGCUUAUUUUUUCUUUUUAGCAUUUUGUUUGAAUGUGCAUGUGUGUACGUGUGUGUGUGUGUGCCUGUGUGCGUGCCCACAUGCGUGCACCUUUGUGUGUGUGUGUGUGUGUGUGUGUGUAUGUGUGAGAGAGAGUCUUUACAUGGUUUCAGACUAAUGGAAAAACUGAAAGUGCCUGAUUUAUAUAUCUAGAUUUUAAGCUUGGACUGUUUUUUAGACAGCUUCUCCUUUAAAGACUUGAAUGUUCUGUUAAAAAAAACAUAAAUUGGAGCUUGCUUUUCCCACCUACAUAUGACUUUCCAGUAGACAGAGAGGAAUAAUAAAAAGUGAAGCAAAGCAGUAGACCAGUCUGAAGCAAGUCCCCAGUUCAUAAAUAAUGCCAAAGGUUCUGGAGAUAUAUUCAAUUAAUAAAAUUUGAAUAACUGUUCUUCUGUUGGUAUCGGCUAGAACUUUAGAUACAGAAUGUUGACAUUAUUUUGUAUUAUGGGAAAAAGAUAAAGUUACCUCUCAAAGCAAUUUGCAGACUACCAACACAGGCCACCAACAACCUCUGUCUUGUCUAAAAAAAACUUCAUGGGGAAUGAAUGGGGAAUUCUGCAAAGGCACAAUUUCCUGUCCAUUCAAGUGAGGGUUGAAUGGGAGAGGUUCGCAGUACGCUUGUGUUCCUAGUGUGAUUCCAACCCAUCAUCUUCCGGUAAGUUGUCUUCCGGCAAGAGUUACUAUUGCCAAGGAUUCUUUUGUUUCUGUUUGUCUCUUGGGUAAAAUGGGGAAAUCGUAUGGUGAAGGGGAUUUGACUUGAAAAAGAUUGUUUUGCUUUCCUUCAGCAGAAAACCUGUUAUUUUAACUGCUUUGUGCAAAAUAUCCUACUUUUUAUGAAAGGUGAUUAUUAUUAUUAUUAUUAUUGUUAUUAUUAUUUUUAAUGAGCACUACAUAAUGUCAAUGAGAAUGUAGGCCAUGGAAGCUUCUUGCUUUUGGAGUUGAGCCUGGCUCCACAGAGAGGGGUGGGGAAGCAAUCUCCUGUGUAAAAUGUGUGAAUAGUUUGAUAAUUUGUAUACAUAUUCAAGAGCAUCUGCUCAGAGCUGAACUUUUGUGUUGGCUGCUGUAUAAUACAUGAACAAAUGUCAUGGGGUAGAAAAAAAUUACUUUGGAUAUUUAAAAGAAGAGAAAUAUAUAGUCUAUUUGUUUUGUAACAAGUUUCUGUAAAUAAAAUAAUUUAUACUAUUUAUAAGAAAAA